CUUUGCCUUCAUCAGCUACAAUACUCACAAUAUUCGCAUACCAGUACCUCAAGCUGUAGACAAUGCAAUGUUAUCUAGUCAUGAUGACACGAACAGCCCUUAUCACGACACUUCUGGUCAGCACCAGGACAUACACCAGAUGAACGAGAUUCCAACAACCAAACCCAGCAUGUCGCCGAACAAGGCGGUGAUCGCCCUUAAUAUACCCAUUAUAGACGGCAAGGACGAAGCUAACAAGCUGCUGACCGAAAGCUCUCAUGAAGGCCAGGAUGAUAGAGAACCGUACACCAGUGCCCGAGAAGAGACUAGGACAAAGUUUGCAUCACCGGUAAACAACAUCUUUCUUAACUGGUGGCCUGAGACCGCCUGGUAUGUUUUCAGUACUGCACUCAUAGUUGCCCUUGCGGCUUUGCUCAAGGCUUAUGACCAGAAACCGGCCCCUGAAUGGGUUAUGUCACUGAACACGGUUGUCGCUGCUGUUUCUACCACCUGUCGCGCUUCGAUAGUAAUUCCUGUUUCAGAAGGAUUUUCUCAACUAAAAUGGAAUGCCUUUGCUCGAUCCCAACGCCCGCUCAAUGACCUGCAGACUUUCGACCAGGCAAGUCGCAGACCUUUUGGCUCUUUAGUAUUGCUGUCCAAAGCAAGGGGAAGACUGUUAGAUCGCCUUAAACUCGAACUUAAAGAUCCAGAUAACCUAGGCGACUUUGUUCAAACACAGCUCGUGGACCCAGAUGAAGAAAAUGAGUAUUGGAGGGUCAAGUUACCCAUGAAACUCGAAGAUUUCAAGGUUGACGACGUCAGCUCCUACACCUGGGUCGUUGCCACUACGGGCUCUCCAACACUUGACGAUUGGGCCAAGGGCAUGGAUUAUCCCACUGCUUCCCUGUCCACGCAGCUUUUUAUCUACAAGAAACUACCAUAUCCAACAAAGCAGAGGGUGAGAUCGUACAAGGGAGCUAUGAGCCCCUACAGAGCUGUUGCAGUUACUUGGUACUGGUGCAUCAAGGAGUACGAGAGAAAUGUUUCAUCGGGGACUACACAUAUUAAAACUACAGAAACCGACUUUCGAGUGAUUGAUGGCCCAUACAAGAUGUCAGAAAGUAUUUGGCAGUUCACUUUAGUGGACAAUAUUACAUUAGAAAGGUUUCCUGUUACUGUUGGGCACUGGCUUCUUUCUUUAACUUGGAAGGUCGAGCCGUUUGACCGAGCCACUGACGGGUUGACGAGUCGCGCCACCGAUCGAAUAAUAGUCAGCAGACCCGAGUUCUUCACCCAGUGUCAUCUUGGUGGACCCGUGCUUGUCCUGGUUCUUUUUGACCGUUUCAGGUGGAUACAAUCCGACUUCCCUAUCGAGCUGAAUGGUGUCAAGAAAGGUCAGGCCAACGCAGGUGUGGAGCAACUAGAGGCUGAAAGCCGGGCGCUCAGCAUAAUAAACGUCCAGGCCGUAGCAGUUCCAAUUCAUAUAAACGAUGCCGUUUGUGUUGCGAGUCUCUCACCGCCUCAGCCACCUAAAUCAGUUCAGGCUCUACGCGACGCCGUUCUGAAGCAAGUCAAAGCCACCAAUCCGCUCCUUGAAUUAGACACUGCGUCAGCAGUUAUCUGA